UGCCUGGUGGAACAAAAUAUCUGGAAGCGGUCGUGAAGUGUCAUGUCGUCUCGGGCAGCGGCGCACGGCUCCUCUGCGCGUUCCGUCCUUGCGCAUUAGCCGCAGACACACGUAAAGGAGAAGACAGGAGCACGCAGCGGUGACAAGGAGCUACUCAGCCUGAAACUGACGACAGGGAAGCCCACUACGCACACUCGUGGACCCCGGACUCUUCUACUCCAGCGCCAGAGAUGACAGGAGGCUGGCUGUGGACGUUUGGGUUGCUGCUUCUCACGGUCCGGGUGGAGAAAUGUGUCACGAGCAACAACGAAGACGCCGUUUUCAUCCGAGAGUUCACCCUCAUUCGCCGGGACCACCUCCACGAAGAGCCCCUCCAUGACGGCAACCAAAAGCAAGAAGACUCGAGUUCCAGAACGGCCCGGUCAGAAGAGGACAGGGACACUCUUUGGGACGCCUGGGGGUCUUGGAGUGAAUGUUCUCGUACCUGCGGAGGCGGCGCUUCAUAUUCACUGCGGAGAUGCCUCAGCUCCAAAACCUGUGAGGGGCAGAAUAUCAAGUAUCGAACAUGUAGUAAUGUGGACUGUCCCCCAGAGUCCGGUGAUUUCCGCGCUCAGCAGUGCUCAGCUCACGAGGACGUCCGAUACCAGGGUCGAUACCACGAAUGGCUCCCUGUCCCCAAUGACCCCGAAAACCCCUGCGCUCUCAAGUGCAAAUCCAGGGCAUCCGGCUUAAUGGUGGAGUUGGCUCCUAAAGUCCUGGACGGGACGCGCUGUUACACGGAAUCUCUGGACAUGUGCAUCAGUGGAGCGUGUCAGAUCGUCGGUUGCGAUCACGAGCUGGGAAGCACGGCGAAGGAGGACAACUGCGGCGUCUGCAACGGAGAUGGGUCGUCCUGCAGGCUGGUGCGAGGACACUACAAAUCCCAGCAUGCAUCAGGAAAAACUGAAGACACCGUGGUUUCGAUUCCGUACAAAAGUCGUCACGUCCGGCUGGUUCUGAAAGGCCCGGAUCACUUGUACGUGGAGAGCAGGACGCUGCAGGGGGUGAAAGGUGAGCUCGUCCUGGAUAAGACGGGUCAGUAUCAUCUUGAGAACACGACGCUGGACUUUCAGAAACUGUCUGAUAAAGAAGUCCUGAGGAUCACGGGGCCCCUGGCAGCAGACUUCAACGUCAAAGUGCAGUUUUCCAGCGGGCCUGACAGUGUGGUGCAGUACAUCUACUACCAGCCCAUCGUUCACCGCUGGAGAGAGACCGACUUCUUCCCCUGCUCCGUCACAUGUGGAGGAGGGUACCAGCUCACGUCGGCCGAGUGUUUCGAUCUGCGCACCGGUCGAGUCGUGGUGGAUCAGUACUGCCAUUACUACCCCGAAAACGUAAAACCGAAACCGAAGCUUCAAGAGUGCAACAUGGAGCCUUGUUUGGCCAGCGACGGCUACAAGCAGAUCAUGCCGUACGACCUCUACCACCCGCUGCCCAGGUGGGAGAGCAGCCCCUGGACGGCCUGCUCUACUUCCUGCGGCGGCGGGAUACAAAGCCGCUCCGUCACGUGCGUGGAGGAGGACAUGCAGGGGAACAUCACCCCCACAGACGAGUGGAAGUGUCUGUACUCCCCCAAAACGGCCGUCGUACAGCCCUGCAACGCCUUUGACUGCCCCACCUGGCACGCCCAAGAGUGGUCUCCUUGUACGGUAACGUGCGGUCAAGGGCUCCGGUACCGUGUGGUGUUGUGUAUUGACCACAGGGGGCUCCACGCUGGAGGUUGCAACCCCACGACCAAACCCCACAUCAAGGAGGAGUGUCUGGUGACCGUGCCCUGCUUCAGAGCCGCAGAUACUCUCCCUGUCGAAGCAAAGGAGCCGUGGCAAAAACAGGCCAUUGAGCUGGACGAAGAAACAACAGUGACCGAAGAGCCAACAUUUAUCCCUGGGCCUUGGGAGCCCUGCAGUAAAUCCUGUGGAGCGGGCGUACAGCACCGCACCGUCAAAUGCCAAGUGCUGCUGUCUUUUUCCCAAACUGUGGCCGACCUGCCCGACGAUGAGUGCGAGGGGGACAAACCGGCCGAGACUCAGCCCUGCUACAGGACCCCCUGCUCCGGAGCCGAGGAGCAGCCGGAGGACGACACAGAAAAGGCGUUUGAGAAGGAAGAACUGCACGACUGGGAGUAUGAAGGAUUCACCCAGUGUUCAGAGAGCUGUGGGAGAGGUGUACAAGAGGCUGUUGUGAUCUGCCUGAACAAACAAACCCGAGAAGCGGCCGAUCAGAGCCAGUGCGACAGCUCCAGACGACCGCCCCAGCUCCUCCAGGACUGCAACACCCAACCCUGCCCACCCAGGUGGAGCACUGGUGGGUGGAGCUCCUGCUCUGCUACAUGUGGCGUGGGUCUAAUGACGCGCUCCGUGGCCUGCACUCGCCGGCCCUUUCGGGGCAGUAACCACACAGAGGUGCUGAAGGCCGAGGACUGUCCGAGCCCCAAGCCCAGCCCCGUCCAAGCGUGCAACCGCUUCGACUGCCCUCCCAUGUGGGACCCACGUGACUGGGGCAAGUGCUCGAGGAGCUGUGGUGGAGGAGUUCAGAGGAGGCAGGUCCUGUGCAAACAGCGUUUGGCAGAUGGCAGCAUUUUAGACCUGCCCAACACAUUCUGCCCCUCAAAGAGCCCAGUGACCCAACAGACCUGUGCCCGGCAGGACUGCCCCGCUAUGUGGGUCACCACCGAGUGGUCCCAGUGUUCAGUGACCUGUGGCACUGGGGUCCAGAGGCUCCAGGCCGUGUGCCGGAAACAAGGAGAAGACGGUCGAUAUCGCACCAUUCAUCCCACAAACUGUUCUCAGAUCGCCCAUCCCAACAGCGUCAGGCCGUGCUCCCUCAGCCUCUGUGACAAUUCAAUCAAACCAGGUCCAACCAGUCAACCCCCAAAGAAAGUUUACAUCCAGUUGCAAAAGGGCAAAAAGCUGCAGGUGCUGGUUGGGGGCUACGCUUACCUCCUCCCCUGGACCCCCGUGGUCCUUCGCUGCCCCAGUCGACGCUUCCGUAAAGGACACAUCCAGUGGUUAAAGGACGGUAAACCUUUAUUCAGCCUCUCUCACCUCUCCAUCACGUCUCUGGGGUAUGUGAAGAUUUACCAUUUACUUCCGUCCGAUGCCGGCGUUUAUACCUGCCUCGACGGCCAAACCCGAGAACAUUUAGUCCUGAAGAUAAUUGGGAGCAAGCAGAAACUGUCGUUGUCCGAAGCUGCGAUCUCGAGGCUUAAUGGCCCUCAAAAACCGGGCCAAGCGGAGCUGCCUACUUCCUUAUUAAACCACUAUGACAACAUCGUGGAGCGUUUGAUCGAGCUCAAAGGAUCUGUCCAGGAUGUAACAGAUUUUGAUAAGCUUCAUUUGAGUGAAAAGAACAGAUCGACCUUGGAAAACGAAGGAGGACGAUUAGAACACUCCGGACCGGUUGUGCUCAUUGCCGAUAGCCACAAGCUAAAUGAGAUAAUGCACAGUCCGUCUGGGGAAGAACAGCUAGCCCACCUGCUUAAUGACCUAACCAAGACACACAGUGAAAGCAAUGAGUCAACCCUGCAUCCGGGAACAGCAACUCAAAAACCUCUCUAUUAUAAUACCAAAGUGCACACGCCAAGGCCAAGACGACCCGUGAUCAUUCAGCAGCCACGCAGAAUGGGAACAGCGCCAUCUUCCUCUGAGAGAGCAGUGCACGUGGGGCUGCCAGUGCUGCUGCAAAAACCAGUAGCGAGUUUGGAGUUGAAAUGUAAUACUUUAGGGAGUCCACCGCCAAUCAUAAAGUGGAGUAAGAAUGGAAAAGCACUGAGUUACAAUAGCAGAGUAAUCGCGUUGCCCAGCGGUUCACUAAAGAUUCUCUUCCCAAACAAACACGACGAAGGCCUUUACACCUGCACCGCAAGGAACCGUUUUGGGACCGCUAAACUUUCAUCGUGGCUGCAAGUAAACGUUGGAAAAGGAAGAAACUGUGCCCAAGGUCAAUGUUUGGAGCGGAGUAACAGCAGUCAAAUGUGCACUGGUCCGACCUGCUCUUUCAGGUGGCAGGUGGAGCCGUGGACCCAGUGCUCGGCCGUUUGCGGAGGCGGGUCCCAGCGCAGGAGGGUGCGAUGUGUGACGGGUGUGGCGGGCGCGACGGGGGCAGACAACCGGGACAAAGAAGUGGGGAGCCAUCACUGCUCAGGACGCAGCCCCUCCAACACACGACUGUGCAACGUGCUGCCCUGCGUCCGAUGGGCCACGACGCCUUGGGGCCAGUGCCACGGUCAGUGCGUAGGUUCAGGUUUGGCCACACAACAUCGUCACGUUUACUGCCAGGACACGAACGGGACCAAAGUGUCCUACAGGCUGUGCAGCGGACUCCAGAGGCCCAUCUCUGUGAGGAACUGCUCCACUGACGCCUGCGCCCUUCAGUGGAGGAUAGGCCCGUGGACUCAGUGCACUGCCUCCUGUGGUCGUCAUGGUUUCCAGUCUCGUCUGGUCAGCUGCGUGCACCGCCGCACGGGCAAGGCCACGCGAGAACAUCACUGCAUGUGGAGGCCCCGCCCCUCCAGCUGGCAGAGGUGCAACGUACUGUCCUGUGGCAGAGCAGGAGAGUGCCUCGACAGCACCAGAUACUGCAACAAGGUGCAUCAGCUGGAGCUCUGCCCUCUCCCGCAGUUUAAGACCCGCUGCUGUCAGACCUGCAGAAACACCUGAGACCUGGGAACUACACAAACUAGACCGGACUAAGACGAGACGCUCCCCCAUAGUGUCACCACAACAGGACCGUGAACACACCGCGACGCCACGGGAAAGGAGCCACGUUCAUAUCCACAUAACGGACUCAGCGGGGUGUGGAUUUGGGGUGGACUCGUCGUGAAGGCUUCAAUUUUACUCCAAAUUUUACAAAAUCAUCGUCACAGUCAUUCGCCAACAGCAUUAUGAGAAACAGGAACUCGUGGUAUGUCCGUCUGAGCCAAAAUGAAACUAAAAAGGCGUUUUCUGCACCAGUUUUCCAAAAAGGCGAAAACGUUGAGUUAUAGCAGCACCUUACAUUCACUGCGCAGUGCAAAAAUAAUACCAGAUGUAAAAUAUACAAGAAAAUAUAUUGAAUUUGAUGGGGGACCUCUGUGUUAAUCACUAGAUAUUUGCUUUUAUUGCAGCAGGUCCAGAUUUAAUGGUAACUGUUUUUAAUAGAUUGGAGGAAAAGCAGCUUAAAUUCUCUAAGUAGUAAAUGAGAAAUAAUGUUCACCUGGAAAAGGGCUCAUGGCUCAUUAAGGCUCGUUUAGCAGUGAACGGUCAUUUAAAAUUCAUUACGAUUGCAGUUGUUUUAAUGGUUUUGGCCAAACAAAGACUACGUUUGAGUUCAAUUGCUUUUGCAUGGGUUGCACUAAUCUAAUAUAGAGGAGUUUGGCUGAAGCAAAUACAUUUCUUCUGCAUUUGAGGAAAAAGAGUGAGAGACUUUUUGCACUCAGAUCUCCUUUAGGCCUUUUGUUGAAAACAGGGCUUGGGGGAGGUGUUUUAAAACUCUGGUUUGUAAGUAAGUGUUAAGAUUUUUAUUUUUGUAAGAUACGUUUUAGAAAAGCGUUUUAAGAAAUGUUUAUUUUAACCACUUAGAGGCGUAGUGACGUAAUAGUCUUUUGCUGGCAGACGUAUUCUUCAUUCAAGUACGGAACAAUACGAUACAGAUAAAAUACAUCAUGGUUAAAUAGAAAUAAUACCUGGCAGGCAAAUUUUGCACUUUUCUCUUUGAAUAUGUCUUGGGUGAGUCUUUACAUUGACCAGAGCCACAGACGAGGAGGAGGAAGAGGAGGAGGAGGAGGAAAAGGAGGAGGAGGCGACUGGUCCUUUCAUCGAGUCAAACGUUUUAUGUGAAAAAACAUGUUUAAAUGUAGAUAUUAUCUUGUUGUUGACUAUUUAUUUGAUUGUUUUCAUGUAUAUAACUGUAAAUAUCAAAUGCCUGAGUAUUCAUAUCCCUGUAGAUUAUAUGGAUAUUAAUGUUAUGGGGACCCCUGCUGGUGACAUGAUGCAUUACUCUGUUGAUUUGUGGAAAAAGCAUUAAAUAAAAUGAAUUACAUUCCUAUUGUAAA